AUGAAAGCGCUCCAGUUGCUCGUUGCGUGGACCACGUUCACGACCGUUUCCUGCGCUCUCUUUGCCGCGUACAUGGCGUAUGUGAGCCGACAGGUAUACCGGAUCAUGUACCCGACGUUCGCAGACAGCCCCAACACGUUAGAUCCGCUGUGGGGCCAAGGCCAGCCGCUGGACGUGGCACUGUACUUGUCCUGUCGUCCGCAGUGGGACACCGCCAACGACUUUGCUGCCAACACUGUGCGCGUAGGAGCACUCGAGUCGCUCACGUUCGACUGGUCGAGCUCGAACGCCCGACAUCUCGAUCUCAAUCUCUCGCGCUCGACGCUCACGCACUUUGCCAACGACCCUGUGCUCGCACACGACGUGUGGACGGCGCUGAAAGGCAACGCCUCUGUCUUCCUGCACGUCCACGUGACGCACGCGGGGUUCUCGCCGGACCCGGAGGUCGCAGGGCACUACGACCAGUACCGGACCUUCCACCACGUCUCCAGUCUCGUUCAAUAUGCUCCCAGUCCAAAUGCAAAGAACGCGAAGCUGUUACUGGCCUCUGUUCCGUCGGCUCCGAACGUUUCGCAGGCGACGACAGAAGACAAAGCCACGACGAUCGCUUACUGGAAAUCAGUCGUGAGUUUGCGCCUGGUGACCGAUUUUCAGCGAUAUCCUGUCGAGGAACUACCGCUGCUCGUGUACCAGAACUUGCGCUUCGUACAGCAUCCGAUGGACCAGCGCUGGCGCUAUUUGCCAGCGCUGUACGUGGACGAUCUGUCGCAGACGCAGGACAAACUCGUGCCAUUGAACGUGUCGCUCGAUGACGGCAGUGGAGGCGAUGCCGUGCUUCCAUUGCAACUCCGUUGGUCUCCGCUCUCGUUCGCGCGUUGGCAAAUGCAGCUCACAUUUGCCAGUGUUUUUACAUCCCAGGAAGAAAUGGGUGUGCCAUCGAGCGAUUUAGAUGCGCUUCGCUCGAUGGUGACCGACACCCACCCACUGCUUCUGGCAGCUACAUUGGCUGUGUCGUUGCUGCACUUGCUGUUUGACUGGCUUGCCUUCCGUCAUGAUGUGAGCUACUGGCGAGCGAAAGGAGACGACGUCGUCGGCGUGUCCCUUCGCGCCAUGGCAGCGGAAUUGGCGUCGCAAGUUGUGGUGCUAUUGUAUCUCGUCGACAACGACUCGACGUUGCUCGUUACGGGUCCUCAGCUAAUCAGCGCUGUACUACUCGUUUGGAAAGUAACAAAGGUGAAAAGGGCGCAGCGGCAGCAGCUUGAGCACGAGUUUUCUUCCGAAUCCGGUGCUGUCGAGGAGAAGGAUCAUAUGAUGCGAACGAAACACAGUCUUCAACUGCUGAAGGAGACGCAGCACGCCGACUCGCUGGCUACGUCUCACAUGCUGUUCGUACUCGCGCCUCUAGCUGCGGGAUAUACCGUCUACUCGUUGCUGUACAUCCCACAUGCUGGGUGGUAUGCUUGGUUGCUCGAGUCCGUGACUACGACGGUGUAUGCGCUGGGUUUUGUGUUCAUGCUUCCGCAGCUUGUCAUCAACUACCGGCUCAAAUCUGUGGCUCACUUGCAGUGGCGAUUGCUCGUGUACCGUGCUCUCAACACCUUCAUUGACGACUUGUUUGCCUUUGUGAUCAAAAUGCCGACGCUGCAUCGUAUCUCGUGCUUUCGCGACGACAUUGUCUUCGUAGUGUACCUGUACCAGCGUUGGAUAUACCCUGUCGAUGACCAGCGACCGGGAGACAUUGCCGACGGUGCUUCCAGUCUGAAGAACGACGCUUUGACCAAGCCCCACGAUGAGUGA